ACUCGUCUUUCCGCCACAGGGACAAUGGUGCGCAAGAAGGACAAGGCCACCAAGAAGUAUGAGAACAAGAACCUCAAGGGAGAGCUCAAGCGGCGCAAAGUGGUGAAGGAUGUGGCUGAGCGUGAGGAGAGCAAGGCCAUCCGUAGGGCUAUCCGGCUGGCUAAGGAGGAGUCGAGGUCCAAAGCAAAGGCCCGGGGCGCGGCCGAGCUCGGAGUGAAGGGCAAGAAGAAGAAGAACAAGCGUCAGCGGCCGAAGAUCUCGGCUCUGCCCGAGGACGAAGAGUCGGACGAGGCUGAUGAGAUGCUGGCCAUGGCUGUCGAGGCUGGUGAUGCCGUGGCCGGCAAGGCUGGCAAGUCGGCUCGUGGGAGCAAGAAGGAUAAGUACGCCGGGCUGGACUUUGAGGGCUUUAUGCAGAAGAUGCAGGACAGCGAUGAUGACGACGAUGGCGCGGCGGAGGCGUCCUCGGAUGGCGACGACGACGAGGGCGAGAGCAGCGAGGGAGAAGGCGUGACCGAGGCCGAUCUGGUGGCCAAGUUUGGCGUCGAUGGCUUCAGCUCGUCGGACGACGGCAGCGCAUCGGACGACGCGUCGAACAACGUGGCCAGCAGCGCCAAGAACGCGCGUGCCAAGGUAGUUGAUGAACACAAGAUGCAGAUGGACCAGCUUGCGGAGCAGGAUCCGGAGUUUUUCAAGUUUCUGCAGGAGCACGACGCCGGGCUUCUCGACUUUGCCGCCGAGUCGGACGACGGCGAGGAGGAAGAGGUUGCGGCCGAGGCCGAGCUCCUCCGCGAGGCUGCGGCCGAGGAGAAGCGCAACCGCAAGAAGGACAUGCCGCUGAGCAAGCUGCCAGUCAUCUCGGCAGAGAUGUACUCGCAGUGGAAGAAGUUGCUUGUGACCAAGGAGCUGACUCCGCGCCGGAUCCGUACCUUUGUGGCGGCGUUCAAGUCUGCAGUGGCCAUGACAGUCGACGCCAGCGGGCAGGCCGCCAGCACCCGGUCCGAGCGCGAUGAGAACGAGGCCGCAGUGACCAAGGCCCUGGGCAAGAUUCGGUUCCGCGUCGAGUCGGAGGCAGUCUUCAACAUGAUUGUCCUCUUCUCGCUCCGCAACAUGCACAAGAUCUUCAACGCCUACCUCCAAAUCCAGUCGCAGCGGGCGCGGAGCCGCGGCUCGCAGCGCAAGCCGUACACGCCCGGCCCGCGGGCUGUGCCGUCCAAGGUCCCGGGCUUUGUCGGUAUCAAGCGCACGGUCCAGUCGUACCUCCGGACGCUCAUUGUGUUUGUCGAUGGCGUCCGCGACCCGUCCAUCCUGCGUCUGGUCUUUGUCCACCUCGACGCGCUCAUUCCGUUCAUGCAGCACCAGCUGAAGACGGCCAAGCGGCUGCUCAAGACCCUUGUGGCGCAUUGGGCCCGUGCCGAGUCGGAGGACACCAUGCUCCACGCCUUCCUCACCAUCCGCACCAUGGCGCUCAACCUGCCUGCCUGGUUCAUCAAUGACGCGCUCAAGCGCUCGUACAUGGCCUUUGUCCGCGAGGUCAAGCACACCGCCGCCCACACCGCCGCCCGCCAGCAGCUCCUCCGCAACUGUCUGGUCGAGCUCUUUGGUAUCAACGUCGAGGCUUCGUACCAGCACGCCUUUGUCUACAUCCGCCAGCUCGCCAUCCUUCUCCGCACCGCCAUCUCGGCCCAGUCCAAGUCCUCGCUCGCCACCGUCUACAACUGGCAGGUUGUUCACUCGCUCCGCCUCUGGGCCCAGAUCCUUGCGCAGUACAAGGACUCGGACAAGCUCGAGCCGCUCCGCUACCCGGUGAUCCAGAUCCUGUCCGGCAUCGCCACUCUUGCGCCGUCGGCCCGCUACUUCCCGCUCCACUUGCACGUCAUGGAGGACCUUGUCAACCUUGCCGCUGCUACUGGCCUCGUCACCCCGGCUGCCACCGCCCUCCUCUCCAUUCUCCACGCGGAGUCGCUCGCCAAAAAGUCGGCGGCGUCGACGACCAAGCCCAUCGACCUCACCAUCGUAGUCAAGGUGACCAAGUCGUACACCACCUCGCGCGCCUUCAAGACUUCGGUCGUCGACCGCGUCGCCUUUAUCCUCCUCCGCCACGCCCACUCGCUCGCUGGCACGAUUGCCUUCCCGGAGCUUCUGGCGCCUGUCCUCUCCUCGGUCCGUACCUUCUCCAGGAACAAGGCUAUCGCGCCCGCCCUCCGCAAGCGCGUCGCCUACCUCAUCUCCGCCAUCGGCAACCAUUCCCGCUGGAUCCGCGCUAAGCGCGACUCCAUCACCUUUGCGCCCGGCGACACCGCCGCCGUGGAGGCCUUUGAGGCCGGCCUCAACACCGCAAAGUCGCCCAUCCAGAAGGCUUACGUCGCCAAGCUCAAGGAGCACGAGGCCGAGCGCGCCCGCCUCGCCGACGAUGCCGCCGCCGCCGCCACCUUUGGCAACGACGACGACAAGCUCGACCCGGCCGAGCACAACACCCUGCGCCAGGCCCUCGAAGCCGCCACUGACCCGCGCGCGGACGACGAGGACGACCACGCCGGCUCCGCCAAGCGCAAGCGCUCGCAGCCGCACAGCGACGAGAGCUCCAACAGCUCUGACGACGACGAGAGCUCGUCCGAUGACGACGAGCCCGAGGAGGCUCCGUCUCGCAAGCGCCGCAAGACCAUCGCCCUCUCGGCCGAGCAGGAGCGCGCCGCGCACCGUGUCAUGUCCAUCAAGGACGAGUCCGAGCUCCCAGCCGACACCGUCCAGGAGCUCGGCUCCGACGACGACUGGUAAACUGGCGGUGUUCCACACCAGCAGCACACUAUCCUGGACUACGCUCUGUACUCGUGCGGCUCGAGAAAGCCGAUAAAAAGCGAGCCGUCCGCC